ACAUACAGAUACACACGAAGUGCGACGGGACCAGAGUGAUUACAGUGAAAUGAGACUAAGGGACUCAAUGCUUCUGUGCACAUCAUUCUCCCGAGGAUUCUGUGGUGUAUAUAAUUUUCCCUGUAAAAUAUUUUCGCCUGAAACAGAGAGACGAUGCCGUGAAAUCUUAAGUCACACUGUGCUCCCUCCAGUGGCAUCAGCAGGAGUUCUUGUGACACUGUGUACUUUCAAAGGAGCUCCAUCAUUCCUUUACACAUUGCGUUCCCCUCAGCUCAGGGGAAGACACAAGGGUGACGUAAGUUUUCCAGGUGGAAAGCGUGAUUCCUCAGACAGGGAUAUCAUACAUACAGCAACAAGAGAAGCAGAAGAGGAACUGGGAAUAUCACUUAAGGACAAUGCAGUAUGGGGAGCCCUGAAGCCAAUCACUGACUGGACUGGGAUGGUCAUAGUUCCAGUUAUGGCAAAUAUAGGAGCCCUGGAAGACCUGGCACUAAAUCCCAACCGAGAUGAGGUUGAGUCUCUACUUACACUUUCACUUUCUGUUGCCUGCUUGGAUGCUUCCAGAGGGUAUACUUAUUUCCGUCAACAGGGUCACUAUUCUUAUACUCUUCCAGUCUUCAGACUUACAAAGGGUUACAAAGUCUGGGGGCUCACAGCCAUGAUGACAGACUCUGCACUCUCUCUGCUGUUUCCCCAUUUAUACCGUAGUUUUCUGUGUGUUUCUCACAAAAACUCAUAGGACAGCGGCAAAUCAUUUAAAUAAAAAAAAAAAA